GAAUGGGACCGAACGUGACCGAACAUAACCUAUAUAUAGGAAAACUUAUUCAGAAAAAUCAUACGACAUGGAAACCUGAAGGUCUGCAAGCUCUCUCACGAGAAGAUUUGACAUCGCCGAUGCAGUUGGAUACAUAUUAAGGCAGCAGUCAGAAAUUCAUUUCAAUGGAUCAUUCUGAGCCAAGUUCAUCGGGAAUGAACGGGGCAGUACCAAAGACAAAAAAAAGGAAAUCUGAUGAGGUAAAGCUGUCCUCCAGCCAGCGGAGUAUGAACUGGCGUCAGCAACAGAAGGAACUGGAUCCAGAAGGAUUUAGGGAAAAGGAGCGAUUAAGGACAAGAGAACGACGCCAGAACAGACAGAGAAACCAAACAAAAUGUUCGACAAAUAUGUCAAGUAAGGAAACUCAGACGGACAUAACGGUGUCAGUAAAUGAGAUUUUGUGGAAAUUGACACCUCUCUCUGACUUUUCGGGCAGAUAUAAGCUCGUUGAUCAGAUGGACGGAACUGGAAAUGUAGACCUGAUCUUUGAAGAGAAUGAUAAAGCUGUAAUGAACACCAGAAAAGCCGGGAUACAAGAAACGCAUUCCUUUGUGACAGCUACAACUUCAUCACACCGCCAAAGAGGUGACCGACAGUGUGUUGAUAAUUCCGACUUAGCAGAAAUGUCCCCUCUUUCUCUUCCAAGCGACAUUUCGGAUAUUGACCCAGACCAGUUCAAUGAUAUACUGCAAAUUGUUUCGUCAGAGAAAAUCCAUGCUUCUUCUCACGACGUCAUUACAGAAUGCAAAGCAAGCAAAAUUUCGGAACUCCAGACGCCAGUGGAAACCGUUGGACGUUCUAUUGAAAACAAUCCGGCUGACGGCAAUCCAAAUGAUGUAGAUGCUAUCUCGAAACAAUUCGACGAUAUGGAAACGGCAUUUUCAUCCCAGAUUCCUUCCAUUCGUGAUACAAAAACGUCAACUGAUCCUUGUCCAGAUGUUGUCACGAGAGGCCAAAAACAAACAAUACCUCUAUCAGAUGGAAACAGCAUCGAAAGUAGCAACGCUUACCAGAACAUAUUCCAGACAAUAGAUUUCAAUCAACUGCCUACUGGUCCUAGCGACAAAACUCUUCUGCAUUCACAUUCAGCGGAGCAAGAAAUUCCUAUAUCGCCCCAUCUUUCUGUUACAAGUUUGAUUUUGGAUAUGCAACAAGACAUGACCAAAACUGUACCGCGACCUUAUUCAGUGGAAAGCAUUUGUUCUGAUGCGGAAAUGCCCUCGUCAAAGAAAAUCCUGGUUACAUCUAACGACGACACUACAGAAUGUACAGGUGGUGAUAUCCAACACAACGGAGGAAGCAAAAGUGACACGGUUGCUAUUUUGGAAUCCCAGAUGCCAUUGGAAACAGUUGGAAAUUCGAAUGAAGAUUCACCGCCUGCCGGCAAUCCAAAUGCUGUAUAUGCUAUCUCGAUACCAUUCGACGAUAUGGAAACGGCUUCAUCAUCCCAGGCGUCUAUUAGAAAUUCAACUGAUCCUCGUCCAGAAGUUACCACGAGGGAUAUCAAUUGCAAUGGUGAAAGAGGCAACGCAGAUGGAAAAAAGGAUAAAGAACUGAAAGCACCAUAUAAGAAGAGUGGGGCAUUCACUUUCUAUAGCAGCGUAUCUAAAACUAGCAAAACAGUCAAACGUGCUAUUGUUAACAUGCUGACAUUUAAAGACAAAAUUUACUUUAGGAUGGAAGAUAUGAAAUUUAUCGAGGAAGUGUCUGCAAACGGGAAGGUCGAGAGUCUGAUAACAUUUGAAAAUGUUGUAAAGGACAGGGUUGUGUUACAUGUGGCAAUAUCGCAAACAAAUGGUGCAGUUUGGUUUUGUUGUGACGAUAACAGUGUAAACAAAUAUUUAGCCGGAAAAUGUACGGAGAAAUUCCGUACAAAAUAUCCUCCGAAGCAUCUUUACAUAUAUUCUUCAAAUUUAAAAGAGGAGGCAUACGUCUCUCAUGAAACGGGACUAGAAAUAUGGGACGAAGACAGAGUUAAAUGCAUACAUCUGUAUAUAGAUUCCACUGAUUCCAACGGCGAAAAGGAAUUAUUUUAUCCAUCGACAAUCGACAAGGACGCUGUUUCUGGAAGAGUUUUGGUCACCUCUCUACAGGUAUAUGCACCUAUGCUGUUAGAUGGGUCGCUUCAGAAAACUACUUUUAUCGAAACGCUUCCUGAAGUAUGUCCUAGAUUUCGGAUCUUUACCGGUUGUUUUAAUCACAAAGGAAAUAUCAUUCUGGGAACAUCUUCUGGUGUAUAUGUGUUGUCCGGGGUUAAUUUUGAAGUGCUAACAAUCCUGAACAAACACUAUCCCACGUUUAACAUGCUGUGUUUUCCAAAUAACGACUUAUGGAUUGUAUAUUUACGAGAUAUAUGUAAAUAUUCAUACACAGAUGAAUAAAUACACAUGUAACUAAAAUUUGUGUUAUUACUGAUGCUGUGCCAGUACAAGUAAAACAAUACAAAUUAAUAGCAGAACCAGUAGUAAAAGUUUGCCAAUAGCAAUAUAGUUACGUGAAAGAGCAAGAGGCAAAUGGCCACGCACCUCCCAGGACAAUGUUAAAUAGGACAUUUUCAUAAAUGCGUUAUCUUUAAUGUGUCGGUCAAUUGUGGCAUCGACAUACAUGUUUGAGUCAAUGCAUACAUGGCUGUCAAUGACAUAUAUAUAUAUGACUCAAACAUGCAUGUCGAUAUAUAUAUAUAUGUCAUUGACAGCCAUGUAUGCAUAAACAGCCAUGUAGGUGAUCCACAGUUAUGCGUAAUUGAGUCAUGUUUGCCAUUGAUAGCAACAUGUGCCAUUGACAGCCAUGUAUGUAAUCGACAUCCAUGUGUGGUUGACAACUAUGUUUGCCAUUGGCAACAAUGUGUGCCAUUGACAGCCAUGUGUCAUUGACAACUAUGCUUGCCGUCGACAGUCAUGUGUGCCAUUGACAGCCACGUGUGCCACUGACAGCCAUGUAUGACAUUGACAACCAUGUUUGCUAUUGACAGCCAUGUAUGCAAUCGACAGUCAUGUGUCAUUGACAGCCAUGUAUGCCAUUGACAGCCAUGUGUCAUUGACAGCCAUAUGUGUCAUUUGCAGCCAUGUGUCAUUGACAUCCAUGUGCCGUUGACAACCAUGUGUGCCAUUGUCAGUCAUGUGUCAUUGACAACCAUGUGUCAUUGUCAGCCAUGUGUCACUGACCGCCAUAUGUGCCAUUAAAGGCCCAUUCCAAUAUGAUCAAGUCAAGAUUUGAAUGCUCAUAGUUCAAUGAUUGUACUCUGACUAAAAAAAAAUGAAAUGUGUUACUGCCCAAAUAUGUACAUUUAUAGUAUACUAUACUACAAAGAACUAAAAGGCAAAACAAAAGAUACAAACUAUAUGUAUUACUGAAUGUAUAUUGAUAUAUAGUAGUUGUUGUUGAGAAGAAUAAAAUGUGAAAUACAGACUUUUAUGCAUACUUUUUUCAUACACACACAUUAACUGGGCAAAUUUAGAUCUAAUUUUUCCCAUAAUGAUGACAUUUGAUAUACAAAGUAGACUUAUAUGACAUGCAUCAUGGCGAUGUAAAAUAAUACGAAACGAAAACAUUGAACCAUACAUUUGAACGAAAAAUUGUUUCCACAAGCUUUUGGUAUAAAGCAGUUAUACAUAUAAUACACACUACCUGUUUCCCCUAUGGUGCCAGCCCCUCCGGCCCCAACAUAUCUGCACUAUAGACCCUCACUUUUCCAAAAUGCCAGGGUAUCGCUUUCCACAUUUAACAGGAUACUAAACAAACUCAGGUUGUCAAAUACAGGUCAUCAAUCAUUGCUGAUAACACUGCCCAAAAUUAAAUGCUGGAUCAUUGUUUUAAGGACAUUUACAACUUGUUGUGAUGUUACGAGGUUUGAUCUACUGACCAAAAUUUGCACAAAAAUAAGAAUUUGCAUUUUUAUAUUUUUAUUAGGAAAAAACUCUAUUGUACUACUUUUACAAUACUCUUACUUAAAGAGCAACUGCAUGUUAUAAUUGUAGGGUAUUCUGUAUAACUAUUGCAUAUUGUGAAAAUCUU